GAUCGUUUAGUACUUUCAAACUGUCUUUGGCCGUCACCAAGCCGUCACUGCUCUUAGCCCAUCUGCUGCUGGCCGAUCUUGGAGCAAGUCGAUCGUGAUAGUAUUCCGAAUGAUCAUAGGACAAGUUUAAGUGCCCCAAGGCUGAGGAAGACACGCCGGCAGUCAUGUUCGGAGAGAGACACGUCCUCGCAGAUCUUUCAGCUGGUCAAAGAGACCCUGACGAUUGGGACAUCGGCAGGCUGCGAACCGUUGACUAUCUAAUGGACACAAGAGUGCUGACUUACGAACCCAUAUUGAGUCUCUUGGCUGUUGGCACGGCAAGUGGCCUGAUCUGCGUGCUGGGCGGUCCUGGUGUAGAGUGUUCAGUGCAGACGCCAGAUGGCUCUCCUGUCAAGAUCUUGCAGCUUGCCGCCUCCGCGAAUAAGCUCCUCUCCGUCGAUGAGCGCGAUCGACUUCAUAUCUGGAACUUGAAAGAUUUAACUCAACCGCCAAAGUCGACGAGAUUUGACCAUGCUAUCAAUGCUGUUCUGUUGUCGCCUUCACAUACGCAUGCCUUUCUUGCCCUGCAAUCAGGAGAGAUCAGAACAUAUGACCUUCUGUGUCUGAAGAAGUCGCCCUAUGUCAUCCCGAACUUGUGGGAUAUGUUUCAGACCAAGACCGCAAGCAGUAUGGUAGAUCCCUUGCAUGCAUUACCUGGCUGCAACAUACCUGUCGAUUUAGUCGCACAUCCGCGAGACUUGAACUUGAUGUUCAUAGCCUUCGUUGGGGGAGUUGUACUGUACGACCUGUCUUCACGCAACAUUUUACGGGCGUACGAACUUGUGAUCCCUGCUGGUGCACCAGGAGGGAAAGGAUAUCACCAAUCUGAAGUACUCACACACCGGUGGCCUUCUGUUACUUCUGUGGCUAUUCACCCAGCUGGGCAUUUCUUUGCCGUGGGUUAUGUGGACGGCUGUGUCGCCUUUUGGGCGGUGGAAGACGAAGAUCAGCCUCUGAUGGUGCGAACAGCCACAGAGUUAGAUGUUAAUGUCAUAAACGGAGAGGAGCUUGAAAACUUUAUCCAAAAUGGGGGUCCUUCCGAAGAAAAGGGCAGUAUUUUGCCAGAACGUCAGCCAAUCUACAGGGUCGCUUGGUGUGGCUUCCCGAAUUCUUCAGAUCCUCGAGGAGGAGCAACUGCCCUUGUCUUAUUAGGAGGCGACAGAAGUAAUGACCCUUGCCGGUUGACUGUACACAUAAUGCCCGCUCUCGACUCUCCGGAAGUUCCUGAUCCAUCUGGUUCCAAAUCUGGACUCCACGCUUCUAUUCGAAAGGCAAUGCGACUGUCGGUUAUUCCAUUAGAAACAACGUAUCACCUGUCAUCGGGGCCUGUUUAUGAUUUUGUCCCCUUUCCAAAGUCUAAUCCGUAUUUUGCUGGUUGUUGGGAUCCUAUCGCCCUGCUUUUCCUCACUGCAGCCUCCUCUGAUUCGCGGAUGGUUGAGGCUCGACAGUUCCUGCCACCAAAAUUGACGUAUCCGCUGCCGGGAACAAACGUCCAGAGCAGCAGCGAACGCGACGAUGUUAUAGAUGACCUUUCCGCGAUGCUCGAGGAUAUGGCACUUAGUGGUGAUUCUCUACCAAUGCACGUUCCUUCAAAAUUGUACAGUGGGCUUGGUGGAGUGUUUUGCGCACAACUUCUGACUCUGGAACGAGGUGUUCAUGAUUUACUUGUGGGACAGCAAACCAUACUUGGUGACGCGGAAUUACCAAUUGGUGGAGGGUCUGCAUGGAUGGAUGAUAAAAGACUCAGUGAACUGAGGCUAUCCAGGAGCCAUCCUCGCCGAGUCCUCAUCACCUGUCAUCGCGAUUCAACUGUUCGUUUUCACGACGUCAGCCCUCAGCUCCUCAUCAGCUCCAGCACAUCUCCCCUUCAGAAGAAUUAUCCUUUCGCGGUUCAUGACCUCACUAUAGACAUCAGUUGUCUACCACUUACCAGUGCCCCAGAAGUUGCCACUGUUCAAGUAGCCCACGAAUCCUUGGAGUGUGUGGUGCUACUGAAAUCGGGCGACCUCCUGGUAUAUCGAUUGAACACCGCGCAGGUCAGUCCUCCCACCGAAACAGAAGGCAACAAGGAGUUUGUCAUGCUGGGCAAUGUUGAUGCACGACCAGGGAUGAGAUACCAUCCCUUCGUGAUGCUGCCUCACGGUAAUGUUAUCUUGACAUGUUGCGCAUUGUCGGACAUAGGUUUCAUUGGUAUCGGAUACAUCGAUGGCUCUGUCGCAGUGAUCGAUUUACGUGGACCGUCUCUCCUUAGAGCGCAGCGUCAGAAAAGACAAUCUAACCUUCUGUCCCGCAAUCAGGAUGCAGAUCCCGUAGUCUCUCUGACGUGGACCAUUUCUGCCAUCAGCAUGGAUGCACAGCUAGCUGUGCGGCUGAUAGCCAUCCAUGAGUCUGGUAACACGCAGGUGUUCAAGAUCAUCCGGGAUCCCAAGUCUUCGAUGUAUAAUUUUGCGCAGGAUAUCAUCAAGGUCGAAGGCCUCCCGAAUGUCCUGCAAGGUGGUUCAUUCGUGAUCGAUUCGCAUAAAGGUACUACUCGGCGUGCCGAUCGUUCACGUUUUGCCGCUUCUCUUCAAACCAGAGAUAACAAUCCUGAGCAUUGCUUUUGGGUGACAACAAGUGCUAAAGGUGCUCGUUGUAUGCUUGAUAUAUCAGGGGAGAGGAUUUCCAAAGUAGAAUGGAAUAGCAAGAAAAACAAAGUUGAACGCGUUCAAGUGAUCGAGAACAACAAUUCUCAUGUGCUCGUAGCAUUCAAUGACAAACCAGAAGCUAUGGUUUACUCUUUACCUUAUCUUGAGCACCUGCAUACUUUCUCCCUCGCAAAUGUAUGCGAAAAUGUCGUGUCUGUGGACGAAACAGGGGACUUCAUUGGAACGAGGUAUCAUGAAUCAGGCGUACUUGAACAGAUCGUAUUUGGCACGCUUUUCAAGACCCGUCGUGUUUAUGAUUGCCCAAUUGUUGAUCUGACAAGUUUCCACCGCGAAAUUCCCCCUCACCCGCAGCCAGUGUCCGUUGGUCCCCCUUCGCUGCUGGGCUCAUGGUUCCGGUACGGGAAACCCAUUAUGACUGGAGAACAGCUCGAUGCACUACUUGCGGGCCCCGACAGACCUAUACUACCACCAGAUCCUGUGCAAACAUUACAGGAUACAACUGCCGGUGAUGGACCCGGUGUCAUGAAGACGAUGGAAAACGCUCGCAACGACGUGUAUAGCCAUCUAAAUGAUGCUCUUGCUGAAAGGGGGGAGAUGUUGGGAAACAUUGGGCAACAGAUCGAUUCCCUGCAACAAGGGAGUAAAGACAUGGUGGCGCAGGCUAAGAGACUUGCAACUGAGCAGAGCGCCAGACGUUGGUUCGGCUUCUGAGUUGAUCAAGACGUCACUCUCCCAAUA